AUGGAGGAGGGGGACUGUAUAAACGACCAAAGGAACUAUAUCUGUGAAAUACCAGCAUCAACGUUUACAACAAGUAUAUUUUAUAUCAUACGCUUUUAUAUAAAGGUUAAAAUAAGGUAUUAUGCAGACGACUCACUAAGCAUGAGAAGUAACUACUCAUUCAAGCCAAAGCCAUGCUGUGCACGUGAUAAAGUGGGAUAAAGUACCUAUAUAAAUAAAGAUAAGCUAGAAUACCAACAAAACCAAACUGGUACAUUUUCGUCUUCGUGGUUAUUAGAGGCAUUAGACAAAAUAUACAGUGUCCCUGACUCUCUCCGACAAAAACAUUUUAAUUUUAUAUUCCCACCAAACUUUGAGCUGCGUGAUCUUAAGCUCCCAGACAUUCAGUUUCUCAGUUAAAUACCCAAGUUGCGACUCGUACCGUAAAUUUGCAUUUUUAUUUUGUAUUUCUUAUAUAAGGUUAUGUUUGUUAUCUCGGUACCCAAGCAAAAAUUAAUAUGUUCGCACGCACCACAGCCAAUAGUUAACUCCCAGAUUAAACCUUUGUUUAAAGUACGGCAACAAAGAGGAGGAAGGCGAAAGUCAUAGCUCAGAAUGUAAUAAGAGCUCCGCCUUUAGGCUUGCCUGAAAGCAUAUUUUCCCGCUUUUGCCUCAGACUUUGAGCUAAGAAACCUUUUCAGAUACUCAAUGGCUUUAAAAACGAUUUUAUUCUGCAUUUAUCUUUAGGUACUCUUUGUUAUCAGUACCCAAGCAAAAAUUCUUCCGUUCCCAUCACAGUCAACUGUUCAUUCCCAGAAAACCUUUGUUUUAACUAUGGCGACAAUACAGUAAAAAGCGAACAAGUCACCAUUCAAGGCUGUAUAUCUGCUGAUCAAUGCCGACAAUUUGAUGACCAAAAUUUGCACUGUUGUGAGGGAGAUCUGUGUAAUGGU